AUUCUCGCGUGGAGUUCCAAGCACUUCCCAUCGCUUUUAACUGUGCACCAAAUUGUGCCGCGUUACGCGAUUUUCCGCCCCGAACUGUAACAAACUUUUCUCUAUCCUUCAGGUGUUAAAAAUUCCAUUCAGUAUCAGUUAUACUGGAAGAGAAGCCAUCGAGUUCUACCUGUGGUGAGAGUUUUCGCGCCCUUCAGAGGCCAAGAAGAGUGAAAGUGCUAGAGUGAAAAAUCACAGUGCUUUAGGUGAUAAAACUCAAAGGAUUAGUGCAGUGGUAUUUGGUGGGAAAUUUCCAAGUGUAUCCUGAGCAUCAGAUAAACCCAGACAAAUUAUGUCACAUGUGCGGCGUCGUUUGGGUUCUGUGGGCGACAGUGCUCCACCUAGUGACUCCUCCGAGGGCUCAGAGAUUUGCGAAGCUGCUCAGGAUUGGAGCAUAGAUCCUGAAUCUGGAGAUCAUCAAGCAAAUCUGGCUCUGAGGCGCGUCAAUGGACUCUUUAUUCACGCUGACUCCAAUCCCGAUGACUCCAUUGGUUCAGACAACAGUGGCAUCUUGGGAGACAGUGAGAAGGCACAGGUUGAGAGCUUCUUCAGUGGACUAGGAACUGAGAUUUUCGUGAGUUCGUCCCUGGCGAAUUUGUACGAGAAUGUUGGCAAGGAUGAGUGGAGGCUGAUCUACACGGGAAUUCCGGUGUUGCUACAUGAUAAAGGAUCCGCCAAAUCCAGGAAUACCCCCCGCGUCACAUUCACCCUCACAGAGCGUGGCUCCUGCUUUGCACUUUGGAGCGAUAGAAUCGACAAUCUGUCCAGCUAUAAAGUGGCCGGUCCGGCCUUUCACACCAUGUGUCUCUCAACUGACCAUCGAAAAAUUAUCGGAUUCAGCUUUGACUCUAGUCAGGCAGCCCGAGAAUUGUGGCUGUGCAUUGAGAAGCUGAUUAGUGAUCCGGAAAAUAUUGCCCUCAGUACGCCAGGCCGAAAGCGAAAGCCACCGAAGAAGGUUAAGGCAAUUCAACUGCCACCAAAAUCGCAAAUUUCCAAUCCGUGUCAAUUUCACCAUAUCACCAGUGUCACACCCGAGGAUGCACCCCGCUACUUCAGUCUGCAGGCCUUCGUGGCCAAACCCCAAAAGACUCAAAGGGAUCACUAAGUUCCGGACCCCAGAUGCUGCGUCUGCUGUUGACUUUUCUACCGCGCUAAAUGUUUAUCAUAUUAGUUUUUUAAGUGUAUAUAUUUUAUUAAAUAAUUUUUAAGGUCAGUUAAUGUAAAGAUAGAUUAAGUUACGCUGGUCAUAAGCUUUGGAUUUAAAUCUCAAUUUUUCUGAAUUUAAAAAUAAAAAAACAACAUGAUUUAAUACAAAAAA